AUGCCCCACCUGCUUGCAGAACCUCUCCAGGCGAGAUGUGGGCCCAUCCUCGGAGAAAUGGCUGCUUGGCCCAGUUGCUCUGCCCGGAAUUCCCGCGGCCAGGCUGGCGUAUUCCUUGGCAGCGAGAUACCUUCAGGCGCCGGUCUGCUUCUUCGUCCAAGGUCAACUUUUCUGCCGGAUCUGGACCCAGGCCAACUACAGCAUCCGACGAACUUCUCAGAAGCCACGACUGCCUCAGAUCGCGCACAGCUGCUGCAGGCUGAGGCAGCUCUGGGUUUUUGGCGGCUUGAAGUGGCCACAGUGGCCUUUGGUUUUGAACUCACUUAG